GGAGGGGGCGAAAUCAUCCCAUCGCGGCAAGGCGCUGCUGCUGCUGCUGCCGCUGCUGCUGCUGGGAAGCCGCGUGUAACGGGGAGAAAAUGCUGAAGUUCUUCUCCGCGCGGGAUGACGAGAAUGAAAGCCUCCUGGGGGCAGUAACCGAGGAUGAAGGAGACAAUCUGUCUCUCCGGGACACCAAGCGCCACUGGCUGAACCGACCCUGCGUGCUGGUGCUUAAAGAUGGCGACGUCUCCAAACCGGGUUUGGGUUGUGGGCAAAUAAGACCAGAAUCCCCGUCUAAGGCUUCGUCUGACGCGUCCGUCACAAACGGCUCGGGGCCAUGUGAGGAGAAGCCAUCCGAGCAUCCUGCCAAAACCGCUCCACCCUCCCGGCUGGAGGAAGGCAGCUGCACCGUGACCGCCAUCUCCAUGUGGGGGGAGAGUUGUUUCAGGGAGUCUCCCGGGCCACUGGUGCUGAGCCCUGCAGAGGCAGCGUGGCCGGAGGUGGAGGAGGAGGAGGAGGAAGAAGAGAAGGAGGCUGCAAAGGAGGAGGAGGAGGAGAGGAAGAAGAAAGAAGCCCCAGGAUCUUCCCUCGAAGGAGGAGUCCGUGGUUGAGGAGAAGGAGCUGGAGGAGAGCAGGCUGGAGCAGCAAGAGCAGUCCUGCGGCUCGGAGGCGACAGGACCGCCCGCCGCUCCCUCGCGCGACGAGUCACGUGACAGGUGGUCCAAGGAGCUCCAGGGCCAGUUCAAGGCCCUCGGAUGUAACGGAGGAGAUGAGACGGGCAGGGCCCAGGCGGCCGGUGGGGAGGGAGCAAUGGGCGACUGUGCAGCUUCUCCUCCGGACCCCGACAACGAGCUGAGCCCCGCCGGCAUUCUGUCCAAGGACCGGGGCGCCGUCCUCGGCGAGGUGGCCCCCGUGUGGGUCCCCGAUGCUCAGGCGCAGGUCUGCAUGAAGUGCGGGGUCAAGUUCACGUUUACCAAGAGGAGGCAUCACUGCCGCGCUUGCGGGAAGGUUUUUUGUGCGCUUUGCUCCAACCUGAAGUUCAGGCUUACACAUCUGGACGGCAAGGAGGGACGAGUUUGUGUUUCCUGUCAUUCAACCCUGGACAAAAGGACACCUCCAAGGGGAAGAAGGAGGGUGUGGUUUGCAGAUGACAUCCUCCCCAGCGGGCAGUCGGAGUCUGCUCCGACCUCGCCCGUCAGAGGGGCCUCGCCGCUGAUGAGACGGGCGCUCGGCGGCCUGGUUGGAAGUCCUGUGAGUUCACCGCAGACCAGGAGAGCCUCUCGGCCACACAGGACGGGCGCCAACGAGGCCUGUGGUCCGUACGGCUGGGGCACCGCGGCUUUAGUGGGGAGCUCUGCCAACCUCAUCCCGCUGGAAGGCCUGCCACCCAUCCUCACCUCCACGGGAGUCAAAGGAGAUUAUACUGUGGAGGAGCAGCCCUCUGAGAUGCUGCUCAUCCAGGAGCUGGAGAGUGGCAGGCCCAAACCCCUGGUGUUCGUCCUCAACGCCAACCUGCUGGCAAUGGUCAAGCUGGUCAACUAUGUGAACAGGAAGUGCUGGUGCGUGACGACAAAGGGAAUGCAUGCCGUGGGCCAGGCGGAGGUGGUGCUGCUGCUGCAGUGUUUGCCUGAAGAGAAAAGCUUCCCCAAAGACAUUUUCAGCCACAUCAUCCAGCUGUACAGGGACGCCCUCACAGGUCAGAGCCGCACGCAUGAAAUGCUGACGUACUGGAAUUUCCAACGAAAGAGCACUGCGGGCUUCCUGUACCUGCGCUCCACCCUCCAGUCCCUUCAAGGUCUGCCUCUGCCGAACCAGCCGUACCUCUUUGGCCUGCUGGUCCACAGAGCAGAGGUGGCCUGGGCCAAAGCCUUUCCCUUGCGCCUCGUGCUGCGAUUGGGGGCCGAAUACAGAUUUUACCCGUGUCCUCUGUACAGCGUGCGCUCAAGGAAGCCCCUGUUUGGGGAAAUUGGCCACACCAUAAUGCGACUCUUAGUGGACUUUAGGAAUUACCGCUACAGCCUGCCGAUGGUGCCGGGGCUCACUGUGGAUCUAGAGGCUCAGAGGACCUGCAUAAAGAUCCCGACCACUGGGUAUAAUGAGCUAAUGAAGGCAUUGAAUAAGUCAAACGAGCACGUGCUGGCCAUCGGGGCGUGCUUCAACGAGACUGCAGACUCCCACCUCAUCUGCGUGCAAGGAGACGACGGCCAGUACCAAACCCAGGCCAUCAGCAUCCACAACCAGCCACGCAAAGUUACUGGAUCGUGCUUUUUUAUAUUCAGCAGUGCGCUGAAAGCGUCUGCAGGAUACCUCGCCAAGUCCAGCAUCGUAGAAGACGGGCUGAUGGUGCAGAUCACCGUGGAAACCAUGGCCGAGCUGCGCCGCUCGCUGCGGGACAUGAAAGACUACUCCGUCACCUGCGGACGGCUCGACCAAUCGGACAGCCAGGAGCUCGUGUGUGUCCAGUGGGUGGAGGAGAAAUGCUUGGUGAAUAAGGGACUCGUGAACACCAUCGACGGGAAAUCCAUGGAGUCCAUCUGCAGCACGAAGAUGUUUCAGAAGUCAGAAUACAAAGAAAACGGAAAGAUCAUCCGCUGGACAGAAGUGUUUUUCCUGCAGAGGGGGCAUCAGCCCAAGGGGGGGGCGAGUGACUCUGCUGAACACGACCGGUUAACGGAGCGGAUCGCUCGGGCCUUUUGCCUGGCGCUGUGUCCUCACCUCAAACUGCUCAAAGAGGACGGGAUGGCCAAGCUGGGGCUGCGUGUCGCCUUUGAAUCCCAAGAGGUGGGAUUUGUGGCUGGGAGCAACGGGCUUCCCCUCCCGGCUCAGUACCUGAACGCCCUGGACAGCGUGCUGAUCCCAGUCAUACACAGCAGGGGGCGCAAGAGGGGCGACGAGCCCAUCGUGAUGGAGUUCAUCUUUUACAUCCUGGAGAACAUCACUUAAGAGAGACACUCUCACUCCACUAAUUUCAUCUCUUCAAACCCCCGACCACAACUCCGUCCCUGGCACUUCUCAUCACUGCUGCCGACGGUUUCAGGGCAAUAAGAGCAUUGGAAAGAGGACGAACCGCACCACAUCCAGGGUCUGCAUUCAUCUCAUCUCCUCACCAGUAGAGAGAAGUGCUCAGUGGUUUUUUUUUCCUCAUCUCACCCUGCAGCAGACAAUCUGGGUACGCAUGAAGCCUGGGAUGGGCCAUCAGAUCACUGUACAUUGUACAGCAGUAGCAACUUCAUCGCUUGAUAUCGUCCAGGUCGUAAUGUCCAAUGCCGCCCCCCCCCCGGGUGGAGGAUUCCUUUAGCCCCACAGUGUGAAAGCAAAGAGAAAAGGACUUAGUGAACAGUAAAUCUGCAGCAAUCUAAUGCACAGAGCGAAUGCCUAGAGGAUGUUUUCAUACCAGUUGUAUUUUACCUGAUUGCUCAUGAAAUGUAAUGUUGGCCUGGAAUUAAACUUGCAACAGUUA